UAACAGAAGAAGAAUGAGACGACUUUCUGAGUUAAUUUCUGGAUGGGAUAGACCAACACAUCCCUCUAUAGGCCAAAUGAUUCAAUUUGCAAGAAGAGAUUCUGUUUAUAUGGCCAGAAAAAAAUUGGCUGGAUUGAAGGAUUGGGCACUUGAUUUAAUCGCAAAAUUGAGAUCAAAACAAGGAUUAGCCAUUAGACGGGAAACUCGUGCGACAAAACUGGUAGCUACUGUGAUGGGUAUGUAA